CAAAUGCACGUUCUCUCCGGCUUCCUCCUCGCCUCCAGCAUCCAGCUCGUCAGGGCGCAUGGUGGGCACAGCGACAGCGAACGUGUUCCCGGAGAGACUAUCCAGCAGUAUGCGCAGCGCCAUAUGUCCACAGAACAUCACAUAGACGCUUUCGAUAUCGGUAGCUUCUUCCAGCUUCAUGAUUUGAACCGAGAUAUGUCAUGGGACCGUGAAGAGAUUGAGGCCGUCUAUGGCGUACACCACAUCUACUCGCAGCGAAAGUCAAAGGACGAUAUCGAGCACCAGAAGAAGGCGGACCACAUCGUCGACACCGUCCUCAACCUGAUGGACAAGAAUAGCGACGGAAAAAUCAGUCUGGAUGAGCUGAAAGCCGUAGGCUUGGAUGGUCUGCCGAACUUUGAAGACCUCGGUGCAGAGGGGCAUCACUAUGACGUGGAGAGCGAAUUCUUCCUGCAUCACGAAGAGCAAUACCACUCCACACCCGAGACACAGACCGACGAGUCCUACGUCCACCCCGAGGACCUCGAGCACUUUGCGCACCACGAGCAGAUCGAGCGCGAGGAGGCCGCACGGGAGGCCAAGUACCAGGGCAUCUCGGUCGAGGAGGCGCUGCAACAGCACGAGCCCGCGCCCGAAGGCGACGGCGCCGUCACCCCUCCGCCGGCCGACGGCGCACAGCAGCAGCAGCAGCAGCCGCUCGACGACGGCGAGCCCCCGCACGCCGCGGACGCGCCGCGUUUCACGCGCCUGCCCGACCUCGACAAGGAGGACCCGAUCGAGCGCAUCAAGAAGGCGAAGGCCGCCGGCGCCGGCGCGGACGAGUGGGGCCAGGGCGAGGACGGGUACAAGUCGCCGCGCCUGCCGGCGGACCGCCUCAAGAAGAACCUCCCGUACAAGUACAAGUUCCGUCGUGCCUGGGCUGACUUUUGAUUUUUUUUUCUGUCGGUGCACAGCGGGUUCCGGUCUGCGUACGCAUUGGGUGUCAUCUUUUCGAGUGGGCUGUCUCUUGCUUUCCGGUUUUUGGAAUGUAUCAUUGUAUGUUGGCCAAAUCGCUCUGCAGAAGCGAGAUGCACUGCG